GCAAACCUCAGCUGUGUCUGGGGGCAGGGCUUCCGUGGAGCUGCCAGGAGCAGAAAGAAAGGCUCCCAAGUAAUAGUGCUACAUCACAUGUCAGAUGUAGGGAAACUGCGGGCAGAUCAACUGGGGUGUGCUGGUUACCAGAAGGAUCCCUCCCCAAAGGACGUGAGGAUCAAAGCUGCUGUCCUUGCAUAUGAAACACUCUCACCAGAACAAAGGUCCCAGCGCUGAUAGGCAAACCUCAAGCUUGGGCAGCUGAGCCAAGAACAGGAGCCAGAGUCCACCUGCAUUGUUCACAUGCUUAGAAGUCAAGUGCAGGCUUGAUCUGCGUCAGAUUCCUUUUGCCCAGGAUCUGUCAUAGCAGGUAGCUGACGAGAUUUCCCUGCAAGGACCAGCAACAUGCACUGUGCCAUCCAAAAGGCAGCCGUGCUGGACGGGGCUCAUUUGAUGCAGGUCUUCUGGCAGGACAGCACGGAGUCUCUCUAUCCAGCUGUAUGGCUGCGAGACAAUUGCCAGUGCCCCGACUGCUACCUGGAUUCUGCAAAAGCGCGGAAGCUCCUCAUCGAAGCUCUUGAUGUGAACAUCGGGAUUCAAGGCUUGACGUUUGACAGGAAAAAGGUUUGUAUCACGUGGCCAAAUGAGCAUUACAGUGAAUUUGAAGCUGACUGGCUGAAGAAAAGAUGCUUUUCACAGCAGGCCAGAGAAAAACUCCAAAGAGAAUUAUUUUUGCCAGAAUGUCAGUACUGGGGCGCCGAGCUCCAGCUACCCACACUGGAUUUUGAAGAUGUUUUAAAAAAUGAUGAACAUGCCUACAAGUGGCUCUCUGCCCUCAAGAAAGUAGGCAUAGUACGACUCACGGGAGCAUCUGACAAACGAGGACAAGUUUUAAAACUUGGGAAAAGGAUCGGUUUCCUUUAUCUCACAUUUUAUGGACAUACUUGGCAAGUGCAAGACAAAAUUGACGCAAACAAUGUGGCUUACACAACUGGGAAGCUAAGCUUUCACACUGAUUAUCCAGCCCUCCAUCAUCCACCUGGGGUUCAGUUUCUGCACUGCAUAAAGCAAACAGUCACUGGGGGUGAUUCAGAAAUCGUAGAUGGGUUUAACGUUUGCCGAAAACUCAGGGAAAAAAAUCCUCGAGCAUUCCAGAUUUUGUCCUCCACUUUUGUGGACUUUACAGACAUUGGAGUGGAUUACUGUGAUUUCUCUGUGCAAUCCAAACACAAAAUUAUAGAAUUAGAUGAUAAAGGCCAAGUGGUUCGCAUCAACUUCAAUAAUGCAACCAGAGACACGGUAUUUGAUGCACCCGUUGAAAGAGUUCAGCCUUUCUAUGCUGCUCUGAAGGAGUUUGUUGACCUCAUGAACUGUAAAGAAUCCAAGUUUACUUUCAAGAUGAAUCCAGGUGAUGUGAUUACUUUUGAUAACUGGCGUUUACUUCAUGGCCGACGUAGCUACGAAGCGGGAACUGAGAUAUCCCGCCAUCUAGAAGGUGCUUACGCCGACUGGGAUGUGGUCAUGUCAAGGCUUCGUAUCUUAAGGCAGAGUAUCCAGAAUAGAAACUGAAUCUCCUGUCUGUAAUUUCAGUAAGAUUCCAACUAUAAGACAUGGCAAGGUUGUCUUCACAGACCAUGAUCCAUGUCAUUUCUAUAUUAAUUUCUUUCACAUUGAACAUAACACCUUUCUUGGAUGGGUUUUCUUUUCUUUGUAAUCAUAUAUAAUGCCAACUUUUUAGAUGUUUUAGCAGUGUUCUUUCUAUAUACAAAGCAUUUCUUCUGCUCUAUUGCAUGUAUGAUCUAAUUUCUUUUGCCUAUAUAUGAGUCUCCAGAAUGCCUACAAAUAGUUGUAUCAAAUAAAACUUUUUCAAAUAAACUCUUUUUUAAAAAAGAUUUUGUU